AUGUCAGUCGAUAUAAUAGCACAACUUGCAGCUGGAGCUAGCAAUGAUGAUCGGUUGUCGGGGCUCACGGCCUUGAAAAACGAUGUCGUUGGUCAUUCACAAAAGAAAGAGCAAUGGAUACGAUCCGGUGUCCUGCGACCUCUCGUCUCCAUCGUAGACAACAGCCGGAGUGAAGAGAGAGUCCGGUUAGCAGCUCUUCAGCUCCUGGCUUGCUUUGCCAGUGCCGGUGCUUCUUUCUUGCCCCCUAUUCAUGCUUCAGGAGCCUUGCCUGCUGUUCUGAACUGCUUGCAGAACGGUCAACCGCAGAUUGUUCUAGCAGCACUUCGAGUCUUGCGCGACGUUGCCGAAGCAUGCGCCUCAGCCCCCAGCCUCGUGUCCCUCAAUCCGACUGCUUUAGCCGAUCUAGUAUUCACCGACACGUGUCUCGAGUCGUUUGCGACAAUACUCUCGCACGCCAGUGGCAACCGAUACGCCCAACCACAGGUCACCAUUGUUGCUCGACUGGUCAGCACACUCUGCCGGGAAGAGAAACACCAAUACGCAUUAGUCAAUCAUGGGAUACUCGAUGCACUUGCUACAAGACUGGCGGGUGUUGCUGUUGCCGAAGGGCAAGUUGUACCACGCGCCGAAGUCAUGGCCCGCGCCGAAGGCCUAUUCGAAUUCAUGCCGGAUACAGCCAAACCAGAUAGCGUGCAACUAUCGGAUAUACUGGGGGCUAUCGGGGCUAUUAUAACGGACUCUGCUUUUAGGUCUUGUCGGCUGCUCUAUUCUCCAUCGAUAUUGGCUGUCUUCCCGAACAUCGACUCGGACUGGGGCAUGCUAUCUUUGCGACCCGAGUCUCAACUGGCAGGUCUCCGGCCAACAAAACAGAAGGAAUACGAACCCAUGGACUUGCUGCUUCCAUAUAUGCCCAACCAAACCCGCCAGCAACAAAACUCUACUUCCGCUAGGGUAGCCACAUCGAGGUUCAACCCCGGUCUUGCUGGCAAAUCGUCCUUGGGUCUUGACGUGGAGUUUGACGCAAACGAGGAUGAGGAGGAAGCUGAAACCCCGCUGAUUCCAUGGCUCGUGAAUUUGGUUCGCAGCCGAGAUGGAGUUGAGGCUUUGGCAGCAGCAUCCGUCCUGACUUCGUUAUACAAGUGCGGCUUUGCUUACAAGUCACGAGAAGUUACGUUAGGACUUCUGGUUGUUCCAAAGCUACUUCAGCUACUCGCUGCUGCUUCUGGCUACGAUAACCAAGACGACUUGGCCCCAUCUCAAUGGUUCAUUAUUGAGCAAACACCGGCCGUGCUGUCUCGUUUGAUUACUGACAGCGAAUUUCUGCAAAAAGCAGCAUCGGAGUCGAAUGCAGUAAAGACCCUGUCCAAGUUGCUGAAAAGCACUUACGACUCUCCGCCGCCCACAGCACCUCCACUGUGGUCCCCUUUCAACGACAUGGGGGCUCCACAAAGCAUAGCCGCAGAUAGCCAUCUGGGUGAGCCUGGUGUCCAUCCUGUACUUGCCCAUCGGAUAAGAUUGAGAGAAACUACACUAAAAGCCCUUGGAUCUAUUGCUGCCUUCAAGGAAGACUACCGAAAAAUAAUAGUCGAUCAAGAUGCCGUCCCCUAUAUCAUUGAAUCAUUGAGUCCGUCUCCUGGACGCCCCAAACAACCCAGGGCCGAGGAUCAGAAUAGCGAAGAAGCGAAAGGCCAGUUCGGCAGUAACCCUACAUCAGUCUUGGUUGCCGCUUGCUAUGCCACGCGUAUGCUUUCGAGAUCCGUGAGCACUCUGCGGACUACACUUGUCGACAGUGGGGCGGCAGCACCCAUUUACCAUUUGUUACGUCAUGCCGAUAUCGACGUACAGAUCGCUGCUACUGCUGCAAUAUGCAAUCUGGUAACUGAUUUUAGUCCAAUGAGGGAUACCUUGACUGGAUUCAACGUCGUCAAGGUGCUAUGCGACCAUGCUCGGUCUCUAAACGCCGCUUUACGAUUGAAUGCAUUAUGGGCUCUCAAACAUUUAGUACAUUCGGCUAGCGUAGAGCUGAAGAAGAUGUGUUUGGAGGAGCUGCAAUCUGGCUGGCUUGUGCAGCUAAUUUGUGACGAUACAGAGGAUGAGGCUCUGUUUUCUUCCAGAUCCCGAGACAAGCAUGGCCCUGAUGACUUUGACGAAGAGAUGGAGAUGGCGGACGAUGUGGGCCGUCCGAGCUCCUUGAGAAAUUCUGGGAGCCGUAUUCUUCGACUUGCAGACACAAAGUUGUCAGGUUUACGAGAAGCAGAGCUCAAUCCAGUGCGGAAAGCUAGACAAGAUGACCUUGCUAUUCAAGAACAAGGUCUUGGCUUCAUUCGUAAUCUAAUUGGAAACUCUCAAUCCAGCAUCAAUGCUGAUUCAACCAAUGACACAGCCGAAAUGAUUGACUUCUUGUUCAACACCCUCGGUCAGGAUCGCUUUUUCAAUAUCCUGGCAACCAAACUCAGAGUCAAGGUACUUCACGCAUUUAGUGGGCGGCGCGGGACUACAGGUAGCGAUACUAGGGUCCUAUAUCCUCAGGCGAAGAUCAUUGAGGCCGUGGUCUAUAUCCUUGUUCAUAUGGCAGCGAGCAUACCGAGGCAUCGACAACUUGUGAUCGCACAAACGGAAUUGCUCAAGCUUCUAGCAACUCUCUUCAAUAGCCAGGACCGCGAGGUGCGUGUUGCGCUGUGCCAUUUGCUGAACAAUCUUACUUGGCAAGACGAUGCAAAUGAUGCGCCAGCUUGUUCGCAGCGUGCUGUCGAACUCAAAAAAUUGGGUUUCCUGACCAAACUAGAGUCCUUGGGCUCUGACGAGGAACUGGAUGUUCGUGAAAGAGCAAAAUCGGCGCUGUGGCAGAUGAAGCAUGGCUAA